UGGUGGCGGUGGGAAAAAGUCCCACGGAAGCACAUGGACCCAUGGUGUACCCAUGGACACCGAUGUUUGCCGGACACAUACACAGUCGCUUCAGGCGAGUAUACCGACUGUCAGUCGUGAUACUGAUUGUUCCGUUGUCCACAUGCCCAUGUGUCUUAAGCGGUGGCGGAUCGCUGCGCUCAUUUUGCGUAAGUACACUCUCAAUUGGCUCAGCCCUCUUCAAACUUUACGACAUGCAACAACUUUUGUGCGGGGUCUCUCAAGAACUCGAGGAAUUGACUGACACCGGCCGAUUUCACGGUAAAAUUGAUUCCGAAAUCCCAACCAGACGCAUCUUACCACACCAAACGACUGAGAUCUUCAGGGUUAGUGAUUCGAUAUCAGUGUUUCCACCCGCCUCCGCUCCCUAGAGGGUCGUGCUGCGUCCAAUCCAUCAUACGAGAUGCACAGAAUCACACUGUAGGUAAUCUGGCCUAGAUAAUAGUGCUGACUGAACCGUGCAGAUCUCUUCAACUGCCCAAACGUUGACACGGUUGCACUUACAUGUGUUUCAGCUACUUACCUUGAGAAAUGUAGUCAGCCAUCAUGAUAUCGAUUGAUGCAGGCUGAUAACCCUCCUCCACCACGUUUACCCUGUUUUGGCCCGAGGCAGCCGUGGCGAGCUGCUGCUUUCCUCUCCCCUGACCAUGGCCCAGCCCCGACGCGUCGGAGACAGCGCGCUAAACGAAUUCGCUCUCAAAUUGGGUCUGGACUCGCUCAGAAUCCUCCUCGGCCCCAAAUCUUUCUUUGACAGUCCCAACCGAUGAAUUUUGUCUCACGUCGGGCCCCAAUCUGGCGUGCGGCACGACACAUCGAAUCCGAUCGCGCGAAGCUGGUUUUUCCUCCUAGUAUCAUAUGCUUCCCCCCUCAUGGCCGUUUCUCCGCACUGCGGCACCUCGCUCGAAGAGGCAUCCACCUCGGUCCCUUGAGCACAGGGGGCGGGUUUGGAGUAGCUUUUAACAAGAGCCCCUCAUGAAACCGUCAACGGAACCUUUCAUCCCUAAACAUCGCGGACCUUGAAGAACGCCGCGCCCCCAUCCCCCGGCCCGGUCCAGAUAUAGCUGAACACAGUCUGCUCAACGAUUCCGCGAUGGUCCUAUCUCCUGCCCCACCGAGCGCGGUCACCACACGCAAUAUGUGGUUCUAUUCCGAGUUUUUCGCCAGCGGGCUGCGCGCAAUGGGGCGCAGCCGACGGGGCAGCGUCCUGGUCUCUGCAUCCCAGACGUCCUCCCCAUCUUUGUCACCCGUGGCGUCCUUCAAGUCGCUCUCCCUGGGACAAAGUCUCACGCGUCGUCCAAGCCGCUCCCACUCCCUGUCAUUCACGCCGAUCUCGCGUCGGGCUUCCGCGGCGAGUGCGGUCCCUGCCGCGACUGCGAGCUCAGAGACGCGGGCGACGCGUCGACGGUCCUCCAUUAUUGGCAUUCCUGCGCGCUUUUUGGAACGCGUCAGGGCUGCGGGUAAAGCUGCCGAAGCGCAGACACUGCAUGCGCUCCCUUCCUCACUGCCCUCCUCCCCCUCCCCCGCCGCCUCUAGUUUCCUUAUCAAUGAAUCUCGGCCCCAAUCCCCGAUCAUCUCAAGGCGUCACUCGGCUAAGCGCGCAUCUGUGUACAGCAAUCCCCCGGCGUUCCUGCCUCUGCUCCCAUCUCUCUCGCGGACCUCGUCCUUCUACUACGUCGCACCCGAAAAGUACGACUUUCAGCAGGACGAAGACUGCCUCGUCCCGUCGACACCUGUUUGCCUCGAGCUCGAGCACUGGCUGGAGGAAGAGCUGGACAGCCAGGCCGCCGAUGAUGUCGAGUGGCGAUAUGUCGACGCUGACGCUCUUGCGUUCAUUGAUUGGCACCAAUUCCAUAUACAAGUCUUGCAGCGGAUCGCCUGAUACCGCCACCACUCGUGCUAUGACAAUCCUUUGUUGUAUAUAUAUGUGUGUACCAUCAUCAAUGUAGAGUACCAGUAGCACCUUAUCUAUUCUGUAGUAGGCAUGUAGAUUGCUAGACCUCCUGAUCGCUCAAUAUAAACGUUUGCGUUCUGGACCACCCGAAGCGACAGCUCCUUCCGUCAGACUAUCAUUCAUCCGCUUGAUGAUGCACCGGGCCGCUGCAGGGACAAACAUGCUAUCAGCAUUGGUGACGUCCACGACGCAAGGGGCGAGCGUACCCAGGGCAGAAAUGAUAGCAACCGAGAACGCAGCAACGCAGAUGCUCAUCGCGGGUCGGUACUCUGGUCCCCACGUCUUUUUCCAGACAAAGGCGCCGAGACUGCACAACAUUCCAGGAUGGCAUAAGCAUACUAUAUGCAGUAAUCUCUCUGAGU